AUGGUGAAAGCAGGAGCAUGUGACAAGAAGUUUCUUAUGAACCCUCUCCAUGCAGAAUUGUUUGCUUGCCUGGUGGGUGUAAGAAUGGCAGCAUCAAUGGGGUUGUCUCGAGUUAUCUUGGAGACUGAUGCUACACUGGUCAAGGCGGCGUUGGAAGGUGACGAGUAUUGGCUCUCAGCAUGGAGUGGGAUAAUCACAGAAAUUCGGCUCCUGCUUAUGUUAGAAUUUAGUUCUUUCAGUAUUUGUGUUUGUCCUAGACUUUGUAAUUCUAUAGCUGAUGCCCUUGCUGAGUAUGGGAGUUGUGCCCUCAAUGAUGAUCAGGUCAUGUGGGAUGAUGUACAUCACUUUGUAGAGGGUCGAGAGGCCAGCGAUUCUGCUGCGGCCAAUGAGUAA